AUGGCGAUCCUCGACAGCUUUCCGCAAGUGGAGGUGACCAUAGAAGUUAAUGGACAACCGCUCCAAGAGCACCGAGAAUCGGACCUCAUCGUGGAUCCUCCACGUCGCACCCUGCGCUACGUCGAAGCCAGCAACGACGACAUCUUCGAGAUCGUUCUUACCGUGAAGAAGGGAACAGUGUUCAGAGGAGACUGUAUCGCUUUCGACGUGCAUGUCGACGGUGAUUACAUCGGCGGACCAAUCUUUUGGAAGGGAAGCUGUGACGACGAGGACAACACUGACGCCGACCGAACCCUCCCGAAGGAAGACGAGCGCCUUGUUGGUAUUGGCACCAUUCUCGUCACUUUCCAAGACUGCCGGCGGGUGAGAGAAGUCAAGGAGACCUUACAAUGCAAGAAGAAGAGUAAGCUGGACACUGUCUCGGAGAAGGCAGUGAAGGGUAGAGCUCUUUCCCACAGCAUCGAGUACGCCACCUCCGAGCCCCGCGCCGACGAGGCUGUAAAGAUCUACAAGACAACACCCGUGGACCCACAAGAGGAAGAGAAUGGCAUCGAGUUCCGCUAUCGUUCGUUGGCCUCGUUGAGAGCACUCCACAUCAUCCCAAUGCCACCUUCGCUGGAGGAGCGGGACGUGACAACUCUAUCCACUGCUGAAGUUGCGGAGUUACAGAGGAGGGUACGAGACAACGCCGAGUGGGAAGAGCGGGCUUUGAAGAUCAAGCGAGAGAGAGGUAGUCCGGGAUUGACUGUUCGAGUGGGAGAUCGGGACGUGGAGCUCGUCGAUUUGACUGAGGACUGA